CCGAUCAUUGACGUCCAGUCUGGUUGCAGGAAGAUGAUUGGCCUGAUUUUUGUCACACUCCUCGGUGCUGCAGCUGCAGCACCUACGGAUGAUAGGAUUGUGGGUGGCUACCGGUGUGAAGCCCACUCUCAACCCUGGCAGGUGUCACUCAAUCUCGGCUACCACUACUGCGGCGGCUCCCUGAUCAACGACCAGUGGAUCGUCUCUGCUGCACACUGCUGGCAAAACCCCUACUCACAGAUUGCCAUCUUGGGUGACAACCACAUCUGGAUGAACGAGGGCACGGAGCAGUACAUGUCAGUGGAUGCCAUCUACUGGCAUUCGAGUUACGAUUACCAGACCCUGGACUUCGACAUCAUGCUGAUGAAGCUGGCGCACCCCGUCACCGUGAACCAGUACGUCAAGCCCGUCGCCCUGCCCAAAGCCUGCCCCACACCUGGGGACAUGUGCACAGUGUCUGGAUGGGGCAACAUCUACACUGAUCAAGUGUUCAACCCGUUUCACCUUCAGUGUGUGGAAGUCCCCAUUCUGUCUAAGAAGGACUGCGAUGCUUCCUACCCCGGCAUGAUCACUGAGCGCAUGGUGUGCGCUGGAUACCUGGAGGGAGGCAAGGAUUCUUGUCAGGGUGACUCUGGUGGUCCUCUGGUGUGUAAUGGGGAGCUGCAGGGUAUCGUUUCCUGGGGCCAGGGCUGCGCUCAACCCAACUACCCGGGCGUUUACACCAAAGUCUGCUCUCUGAUGCCCUGGAUCGUGGAUAUUCUCUCCAAAUACACCUACACCGGGGUGGUCUCUCUCAGCACAUCCGUAGCCCCAGGACACAACACCCUGCAGCUCACCGUUGCACACGACGGGUCCACCGGAGUCACCCUGAAAAAGAGAGUGACUCCAGUGGAAGUCUCUCAUCACACAGCAACCAUGAUGUCUCUGGUCUUCAUUCUGCUCAUCGGAGCUGCUUUUGCCACGGAGGAGGACAAGAUUGUCGGAGGGUACGAGUGCACUCCUCAUUCUCAGGCCCAUCAGGUGUCUCUGAACUCCGGCUACCACUUCUGUGGCGGCUCUCUGGUCAACGAGGACUGGGUUGUGUCUGCUGCUCACUGCUACAAAUCCCGUGUGGAGGUGCGUCUUGGAGAGCACAACAUCAGGGUCAACGAGGGAAACGAGCAGUUCAUCCGCUCCUCCCGUGUCAUCCGCCACCCCAACUACAGCUCCUACAACAUCAACAAUGACAUCAUGCUGAUCAAGCUGAGCACGCCCGCCACCCUCAACCAGUACGUGAAGCCUGUGGCUCUGCCCAGCAGCUGUGCCCCCGCUGGAACCAUGUGCAAAGUCUCUGGAUGGGGUUCCACCCAGAGCUCCACCGCUGACGGAAACAAGCUUCAGUGCCUGAACAUCCCCAUCCUGUCCGAGAGAGACUGUGAUAACUCCUACCCCGGCAUGAUCACUGAUGCCAUGUUCUGCGCUGGAUACCUGGAGGGAGGCAAGGACUCUUGCCAGGGUGACUCCGGUGGACCCGUCGUGUGCAACGGUGAGCUGCAGGGUGUUGUGUCCUGGGGCUACGGAUGUGCUGAGAGAGACCACCCCGGUGUCUACGCCAAGGUCUGCCUCUUCAACAGCUGGCUGGAGAGCACCAUGGCCAGCUAUUAAGUCUGAUCAUGCGACCACCAUCCAACUCUUCUGCCUUUCUUCC